AACGCCCCAAUCCAGCCACCAAAGCUUGAAUGCGACACAUCGGCAACUUCUCGAGAACCCCAGUGCGUCCGUGCGAGGAUUUCGCAGUGCGACUGCCAGCAACUAGGGUCCCCGGACCUCAACCUGAAGUUUCCUGAACGUUUAUGAUGUUGAGCUAUAGCGCAUAUAACCAGCUAUUCUAUCGAUUCGGCAACCAUAGCCGACGACGUCUGAGUUUCGCCUAAGACCUUUUUCCUACCUGGGUCCCUGCCUUCCGUCGGGAGCAAGCUUAUAGUAUGGACUUGUCUUUCCACCUCUGAUGCAAAGCGCUUGAGCCUGCGCGCGGGCGCCCGCCAGUCAGACGCCAUGGGCACGUGCGCGCUUUCCUCGUACACCCCAAUUGCGUCAUGUGAUAGAAAUUUCUCACCUGUCCCCGUGAGCUUGUUUUACCGGUUGGUCGUUGACCCACACACCUAAUCGUUCGCUGGCUAGAGCACAACAAUGAGCGAAGCUUGUCUCCUCGCUGCAAAGUCGGCUUUGGUCGGCGUCGCCAAUGGCGAUAGCCUCGCGUCCGCAAUUUGCGCGGCGAUGGAGGCUGCCGCACCAGUGGCUCGCCACCUGCAAGAGACAACGGUGGAUCUAACUACGCUCCAAGAGACGGUCGACACUAUUGGGCUGAACUUGCAAGGCACAAUGGACGGCCUGAACACGCUGCUGCUGCUCUACGGAGGCGCGCUGGUGUUCCUGAUGCACGGAGGCUUCGCUAUGCUCGAGGCCGGUGCCAUCCGCUCCAAGAACGCGAUGAACAUCCUGCUGCAGACCGUCCUCGACGCCUCUUGCAGCGCGCUCAUGUGGUACUUCGUCGGGUUCGCCUUCGCCUUCGGCAUUGGCGACAAGCCCAACAAGUUUAUCGGCAACGCCAUGUUUGCGCUGGUGGACAUUGAUACGCACAACACCGGCUCGGGCACCGGCAAGUGGAUCGACUGGUUCUUCCAGUGGGCCUUCGCCGCAACCGCCGUCACCAUUCCCGCCGGCGCUGUGGCUGAGCGUUUCAACUUCAACGCCUACCUGGGCUAUUCCAUGUUCAUCGGUGGCUGGGUCUACCCCAUCAUUGCCCACUGGGUGUGGUGCAUUGAGGGCUGGCUGGGCUAUGGCGUGAUCAAGCCCUUCAUCAACGCCGGCAUGAUUGACUUCGCCGGAUCCGGCGUCAUCCACAUGACUGGCGGCCUGGCCGGCCUCAUCGGCGCCAUCAUGGUGGGCCCCCGCCUGGGCCGCUUCGACGCCGACGGCAAGCCCGUCGACAUGCCCGGCCACUCCGCCAUCCUGGUGGUGCUGGGAACCGUACUGCUGUGGUUCGGCUGGUACGGCUUCAACCCCGCCUCCGUGCUGCUCAUCAACUCCAGCACCUACGCCAUCGUGUGCGGCCGCGCGGCCGUGUGCACCACGCUGGCCGGCGCCGCGGGCGGCGUGAGCUGCCUCAUCUUCGGCUUUGCGCGCCACCGCGGCUGGGACCUGGUCGGCCUCUGCAACGGCAUCCUGUGCGGCUUCGUCGCAGUCACCGCCUGCCCCCACGUGAUCUACCCCUGGGCCGCAAUCAUCUGCGGCCUGGUCGCGGGCCUGUGGUUUGAGUUCCUGUGCUGGCUGUUGCUCAAGCUCAAGAUCGACGACCCGUUGUCAGCUGGGCCGAUGCACUUCGGCUGCGGCAUGUGGGGCGUCUUCUUCACCGGCCUCUUCGCGCGCCAGCAAUACAUCCAGGAGUACUACGUGCACGGCCCUUCCGCGGCCGGCGAGCUGUCCAAGCCCUACCCCUGGGGCGCCUUCUACAAGGGCUACAAUGCCGACGGCGAGCUGGUCAUGUCCGAUGGCAAGCUGCUCGCGUCGCAGAUCGUGGGCAUCCUGGUUAUCAUCGGCUGGGUGAUUGGCAUGAUGGUUCCGUUCUUCGGCAUUUUCAAGUUCUUUGGCGCGCUUCGCAUUCCGCCCGAGGAGGAGGAGAUGGGCCUGGACCGCUCCAAGCACGGCGGCUCGGCCUACAAUGGCACCGGUGCCAACACGCUCGGCGGCCUGUCGCCCGGCAACGACGUGAUGCGAAACAACUCGCCUUUGGGCAAGGUUCUGCCUGUGACCGCGUAAGGACCGGCGGCGUUAUGCGGCACGACGGCGUCAGGGGAUCAGGAGGGAACGCAGAACCGGAGCUGUGGCUGCGGCCAUGGCAGCGGCGGCGGCUGGUGACCGACGUUCUUGUGAGGAUGGUAAAGGGCGAGCAUUCAAAUGCGUGAGCGUGAAGAACUGCAGUGUGUGGAUUGGGGAGGGGGGGCCAGAUUCCACUAGCACGUUGUGUGCUGCUGGCAGCAGCACGAUGAUUGACGAUUGGAAAACGCUUGCUCGUGAGCGGCUCGUGUGACGUGACUAGGGGCGCAUUUUUUGACAGAGCGAUCCGAAUGUAUGCCUAUGAUCAGUAAGGGCAUACGUUGCUGCUGCUUGGGCGCGGGGGCCUGCUGCGCCAGUUGCAUUGCUGCCUGCGUGUCAGGCCCGUUGGGCGCCCAUUCGAGUUUGGCGUUCCGCAUUCAUAUCACACCUACUUAAGCGCCACACAUUCACGCAUCCCAGCCCCUUGCCCGGAUCUGAACCAUACUAUAAUGCAUCAUGUUUGACAAGUGUCUGUGUGUGACUGUCGUGACUUAAACCAUGAGCGCGCGCUGCCGGGUGCUGAUUGCGAGAAGGCUGGACGGCUUCGCAGGUGACUGGACCGCAGGACAGCGUGCUUUUACUUUCUGGUACGGUACGAAUUGCUUGACACCUCCUUGCACAAUGAAUUGUCGUGUGUGCGCGCGUAACUUCGUAGAUUUGAAAGUAGUCUUGUUGUGCGCUCGCGUGUGAUUUGCGCCCCCCUGAGUGAUUUCCUGUGAACAGUUCGGACCUUGAAGUUACUUGUAUGGGCAUAUGGGUAAACAGCGAUCUUCAGAGGACCAACUUCAGUCAGGGGACGGAAGGCAUGGUGUGCAUCAGGUGCGUGUGUGCGUGCGUGCAUGUGGUGGACGGAGAUUGGGCCGAGGGGAAAGAAAGCCCCCGCGCCAUGACUGUGACGGCGGCACUGCAAAGUGGGCGCACGUCCAGAGCCAAACAACGGCUGUAACGAUAUUCCGAA